CACACGGCGCAGAGAGCACAAGCCUAUCUUCGUUUGCUUGUGUUACAGAGGGAAUAUUUAACGGGUUAAUUUUCUUUGCCUCAUGGGCAUAUUGGAUAUUCUGAAAUAAAUGCAGACUCUUAUGCCGAAAGUAGAAGUUAUAUUUAUUUGUAAAUACUGGUAACCGUUGGCGUAAUUGGGUGGUCCACCAAGGAACAGCAAUAUGACUGAGAUGGUUUUUCAGGACGCGGAUCUUGGUGAAAACGAACUGUUUAAUGUUUUUAAAGGCAUUUUCGGCUCUAUGUGAUAUGUGUUUCAUGUGUUUACGCGCAACAGUGAGGUAGAAUUCUCGUCCAAAUUGGACCGCAUAUCAAGGGAUCCGGAGCUGGGUGAUUUAUUUGGUGAAUGCGGCGGCCAGGGUCGGUGUCUGAGCGCUGCUGGAGCAGCGAGUGGCAGGGCAUGAUUUCUCAAAUGUUUCAGUUCGCGCGGCGCAUUUGGAUUAUUUCUCCAGAGAUGCUCCUGCUUCCCAUGUUUUGGUUUUUAUCUCAGGCACUUGCAGCACCAUCUCUGACGGCCGAACAGAUGGAUAUGGGGGUGGACUGGCUGAGUAAGUUUGGGUAUCUCCCACCCCCUGACCCGGUGACUGGACAGCUCCAGACCAAGGAGGCCCUGACCAAAGCCAUCAAAGCUAUGCAGAAGUUUGGAGGACUGGAGGAGACCGGAGUGCUAGACCAAGCCACCCUGGGCCUGAUGAAGACCCCGAGGUGUUCCCUCCCGGACCUGUCUGAGACCGAGGCGGUGGUGGGCCGCAGAAGACGAGCCCUGACGCCCCAGAACAAGUGGAGCAAGAGACACCUCUCCUGGAGGAUUCGUACCUUUCCUAAGGAGUCUCCUCUGUUAGGUCGAGAUACGGUACGAGCUCUCAUGUACUACGCCCUCAAGGUCUGGAGUGACAUCUCCCCCCUCAACUUCCAUGAAGUUGCGGGCAACGACGCAGACAUCCAAAUCGACUUCACCAAGGCCGACCACAACGACGGGUACCCUUUUGAUGGGCCGGGAGGCACCGUGGCACACGCCUUCUUCCCAGGAGAGAGGUUCACGGCCGGGGACACCCACUUUGAUGAUGAUGAGGCCUGGACCUUCAGAUCACCAGACUCUCACGGGAUGGAUCUGUUUGCGGUAGCAGUGCAUGAGUUUGGUCAUGCUAUUGGCCUGGCCCACACCUCAGCAAUAGAGUCCAUCAUGAGGCCGUACUACCAGGGUCCUGUGGGGGACCCACUCAAGUAUGACCUCCCUUAUGAGGACAAGGUCCGCGUCUGGCAGCUCUACGGGGUGAGAGAUUCAGUGUCUCAUACGGCGCGUCCUGAUGAUCCCUCCCAGACCGCUGACCCACCUGUACUACUGGACCUCCCUGAGAACAGAUCUACUGUCCCGCCGACACGAGAUGCCCCUAACAGGUGCACAAGUCACUUCGAUGCAGUGGCCCAGAUUCGUGGAGAGGCCUUCUUUUUCAAAGGGAAGUAUUUCUGGCGUCUGACGCGAGAGAAGCACCUGGUGUCUCUGCGUCCGGCUCAGACCCACAGGUUCUGGAGAGGCCUGCCUACCAACCUGGACAGUGUGGACGCUGUCUACGAGAGACCUGGGGACCACAAGAUCAUCUUCUUCAAAGGACUAAAGUAUUGGAUAUUCAAGGACAACAACGUGGAGGAGGGUUAUCCUCGGCCAAUCAGUGACUUCGGCCUGCCUAUGGAGGGUGUAGACGCGGCCUUUGUGUGGCUCCACAAUGACAAGACCUACUUCUUCAAGGACAACCGCUACUGGCGCUAUGACGACCAUCUACGGCGUAUGGAUCAGGGCUACCCAAAAGACAGCACACUGUGGAAGGGGAUCCCGUCCCCACUAGACGACGCCAUGCGAUGGUCUGACAGCUCCUCAUACUUCUUCAAGGGGAAGGAGUACUGGCGUGUGGUGGGCAGCGAUAUGGAGGUGGAGGCUGGGUACCCACGGUCCAUAGGAAAGGACUGGCUGGUGUGUACAGAGAUGCAGUCGGACUCCCCAGCCACAGAGGCCAAUAACACGGCUAACACGCGGCUACACGGGCAGCACCACGCCGACCACGCCGAAAACGGCUACGAGGUGUGCUCCUGCACCUCCAACUCUGCCUCGCCCUUGGGAGCCCAGCCCUCCCCCUCCCCCCUCUGGCUACUUGCCCUCUUGACUGUCUCUGGGGUACUAUCCUACCUCCCUCUAUAAUGUAAGCAGUGGGGAGCGGCCUCAAUCUGUGACAGGAAGUACAGCAGCCAAUCUGCUGAGAGCGGGGGAGUGGCUUAAGGGGCUUUUCGCCUUGGUUCUGCCCGACCAGCUACACCAUCGAAUCAAAACAAUGACUGGAGGAAUUUGUUGUUAUUGUUAUCUUAAUUGGGAUCCUCAUUGUUUAUUUGUUUUAUUUAUUAUACCAAAUCUUUCUCAAUGGAUCAAUAUACUUUCAAAUGAAUGAUGUUUAAAUUAUGAUACUGGAUUGAAUUAGAAAUGUAAUAACAUGACGAUAAUGGAAAUAGUAUAUCAACUUGAUGAUGAUAAUGAUAACAAGUUUAUAGCAAAAUGUCCCUCCGUGACUAAGCAGUCUAGAAGGAGAGUGGUCCUCUGGGAUGCUGUGCUCCCUGUCCCCUUGUUCCUGCAAUCACUAUAAGAGCUUUAAAGUAACUCUCCAGUGUUUUGGGAUUUCUGUGAAAUAUGACCUAUUAUUAAUUACAAUAUUAGUGAAAGUUUUCCUUCCCCAAAAAAUGUAUUAUGUUAAAAAGCAGCUUUUCUUUGUUGGAAUGUUGUGGGGCGUGCCCCAACAACAGAAUGGUGUUGGCGUAUACCGGUCAUUAAAAAUAUUCACACGACUAGA